CAACAUCGAUUUGUGUUACAGUGACAUAUUUCAACUAAUCAAAAUUUCGUAAAAAUUGUAAUUGAACAAUUUGAAAACAAACAUUAAUAAUGAAAAUUAGUUAAAAUGUCGUUCCCGAAGAUAGACGGUUAUGUUGUUACGGAGAAACUUGGAUCAGGAAGCUACUCAACCGUCUAUAAAGCUUAUACUAAGGUAGGAGCUAGAUCCAUCGUAGCCGUAAAAUGCGUUGAUAAAGCUAGAGUGAAGCACUCAGGUGCCGCUAUCGAUAAUUUGAUAACCGAAAUACGAUUGUUGAAGAAGUUGACACACCCUCACAUCGUUCAAAUGAAGGAAUUCACUUGGGACGAUAAAAAUAUUUAUAUAAUAACGGAGUACUGCUGUGGAGGGGAUCUGUCUAAAUAUAUACACAAAUAUGGCAGAGUCCCUGAGAAGAGGAUGCUAUACUUCCUUCAACAAUUGGCGUCAGCGUUGAAGUUUCUCAGAGAGAAAGGCGUUGUCCACAUGGAUCUCAAACCCCAUAACUUGCUUCUACAUAAGGGUUCAGAUGGAAAAUAUAUGUUAAAAGUCGCUGAUUUUGGUUUUGCUCAACACCUGACGGAAGACAGUCUGAAGAGCGUCCGAGGAUCCCCGCUCUAUAUGGCACCUGAAAUGAUACAGGGGAAGUACGACGCCAGGGUGGACCUGUGGAGUGUGGGUGUAAUUAUGUAUGAGUGUCUGUUCGGCAGAGCUCCGUACUCGUCGGCGACUUUUAAGGAGCUAGUUGAUAAGAUAACGAGGCGAGCUCCAAUUGAAAUACCCCCAAACUCCUCCAUCACGCCCGGCUGUCUGGAUCUCCUGACCCGCCUGCUGCAACACGAUCCGGAUAAACGGAUAACGUAUGACGAUUUUUUCAACCAUGAGUAUCUGGAUUUGGAUCACAUGCCUUCAAAGGAAAAUUAUAACAAGGCAGUGAGUCUAAUAAGGCACGCCAUAGAGCUGGACUGUACGGGAAAGCUCCCUGAAGCUCUGGAAGCAUACAGUGAGAGCUUGAGAUAUUUAGUACCGGCGGUCGGUGUCGAAAGUGAUGCGAUGCGACGAAGCGCUUUAGCAGCUAAGUUGACUAGAUACAUGGAAAGGGCUGAAGAAAUAAAGCGGAUAGUGAAGGGGCAGGGUCAGUUUGGCUGUCGACCUCGAGAGCCAGUCUGUAGUGGGCAGUAUGCCGAUAGCUACGAGUAUAAUAAUACAAGUGUAGAACAAGAUGUGACAAUAGUAGAACCGGAUGACCAGACAACAAAUGGCGAAACCAAAGAACCCCAAGAAACUAACUCGGAUGUGUGUGAAUCAAAAAGCAAGAAAGAAAAGCCUCGCGGGGCGUUGUCGAGGUUUUGGCGUAAACCUGUGCCGUACCUUAAUGAUAAAGAUUCAUCUAUUACAAAUGAAGACAAAACACAGAAGACGGAUGAAAACAGUGAACUAUGCAGGAUUACUUAAUUUAAUAAAAUAAAUAUAAAUAUA